AUGGCUCUUCCACGAGUUUUUAUGGAUCUCGCCUCUGAUGGCUCACCAUUGGGAAGAAUUGUGAUUGAGCUGAAAGCUGAUGUAACUCCAAAGACUUGUGAAAACUUCCGCGCCCUCUGUACUGGUGAGAAAGGCUUCGGUUACAAAGGAUCUACCUUUCAUCGUGUCAUCCCUAACUUCAUGUUGCAAGGGGGUGACUUCACAAACCACAAUGGCACUGGUGGCAAGUCCAUCUUUGGUGAAAAGUUUGCUGAUGAGAACUUCGUCCUGAAGCACACUGGCCCCGGAGUACUCUCCAUGGCAAAUGCUGGUCCCAAUACCAACGGCUCCCAGUUCUUCAUCACCACUGUAAAGACAGCUUGGUUGGAUGGAAGACAUGUUGUUUUCGGCAAUGUUAUUGAAGGCAUGGAUGUUGUAAAACAAGUGGAAUCAUUUGGUUCCCAAUCUGGAAAACCAUCGAAAAAGAUUGUUAUUACAGACUGUGGACAGCUUUCU